AUGAGAGGGGCUGAUGUCAAUAUAUUUGUCACUGGCAAGAACAAUACGGUACGUGCUAAGAGGUUAAUUGGUAAGAAGUUUAGUGAUCCUGUUGUUCAAGAUGAUAUAUUGUUAUGGUCAUUCAAGGUUUCCCAAUGUACAAAGGACAAGGAGUUGUGCAAGGGCAUUAAUCCUGAUGAGGUUGUAGCUUAUGGCGCAGCUGUUCAGGCUGCAUUGUUGAGUGAAGGCAUUCAGAAUGUUCCAAAUGAUAGGAAAUUUAAUGAAACACUUUGCAUCCCUGUCAAUAAAACAAAAGCCUAUAUAACAACCAAAGAUAACCAAACCAUUUCCUCUAUUCAUGUUUAUGGGGGUGAGAGAACAAGAGCCAGUGAUAACAAUUUGCUCGGUUCUUUUAUUUUGUCUGGUAUUCCCCCAGCUCCUCGCGGCUCCCCUUUUUCAAAUGUUUGUUUUUCUAUUGAUGAAAAUGGUAUUUUGACAGUUUCCGCUAAGAAUAUUGCUUCUGGCAGUUCAAAUAAGAUUACAAUUACCAAUCACAAAGAAAGGUUGUCAAGUGAGGACAUUAAAAAAUUAAUUCAAGAAGCUGAGAAUUACUGUAUUGAAGACAAGAAAUUCCUAAGGAAGGCUAAACCAUGGAAUGCAUUGGAUGACUACAUUUACAAAAUCAGAAAUGCUUUAAAGAAAGAGGAUAUUAAUUUGAAGCUCUCCUCAGAAGAAAUUGAGAAGAUCGAAUCUGCAAUUGCAGUGGCCACGAAUUUGGUUGAUCAGAAAAACCAGCAAGUUGAAAUAGAUGUUCUGGAAGAUCAUGUAAAGGAACUUCAGAGUUGGAUGAAACAGAUUAUAGCUAAGACUACUUAG